UCUAUCAUAAAGAGAAAAAAACUUGAGACUUCCGCGUGAGCUUACUUCUGAUUGGCUGCUGUCUCGUCGACUUUGACGGUUCCUGGUAGUUUCUUUUCAGUUUCCCCGCCUUUACCGAGCAGGAAACAGGAACAAACACACACACACACACACACGUUCAACGAGGGAUAAUACACACCGAGCGACGGAUAAAAUGCCUCCUUCUCUGACUGCUCUUAUUCUGCUGUGUUCGGCGUUCAGCGGGUCCACAGCGACCCUCGGCUCACCGAACAACGUCCGCCUGAGUUCCUACAACAUGAAUCUGGUGCUGCGGUGGGAUCGACCUGAAGGAGAAGCCAGUGACCUGCUCUACACCGCCGAGUACAAAAACCAAAUCUCAUCCUACAAAACGGGCUGCCUCAACAUCUCCGCCCUGGAGUGCGACUUCACCCCUCUCCACCUCAGUGUGUAUGGAAGGUAUAUGGGCAGAGUGCAGGCAGUCCGGGGCGCCGAGAGCUCCGCCUGGGUGGAAAGUUCCCCCCUCACCUUGGACAGAGACACCGUCAUCGGUCCGCCGAGCGUGUCUCUCGUCUCCAAUGGAGCAACGGUGGAAGUCAGCAUCAAAGACCCCAUGUUCCAGAUUUCUGAUCUGAGGAACGUGUACGGCGAACCCGACUACAACGUCACGCACUGGAAGAGCUCCCGGAAUGAAACGGCGAGGAAAAGCCAGAUCACACAGCAGACCCGGCUGGUCCUGGACGACCUGGACGCCUGGAGCCGGUACUGCGUGCAAGUUCAGCUCAAGACCGGCAUCGACUCCAGAACCAGCCUGCCGAGCAACGUCACCUGCCAGAGCACCGCCGGGGCAGGGAGCACUGGCAGCUGGUUGCUCUCUGCAGGGCACGGCGCUCCCUGGCUGGCGGCUGUGCUGGUGUUGGUCGGCGUUUCCUUGGCGGUGGCUCUGGUGGUGGUCGUGGUGAGGAAACGGAAAAGCAUCUCCAGAUUUCUCUUCCCGAAAGACACACUGCCUCAGUGCUUAAAGGAGUCUCUGCCGGCUCUUCCCGUCUCCACGCCGCAUCCGGUGAAGGAGCUGCACCCCGGAGAGGAGCUCUGCGACCAGGUGCUCCUGGUGACGGGAGGCGGGGGCGUGGAGGAGGAGGAGACACAGCCGGACGCGGGGGACGCCUCGGCGCCUCUGCGUUCCUGAUCCACGUCCGCCCGGAUGCGAAGCGACUGGAACUGUGUGCGAAAGCGACGACGGAGCACGACUCCCCGAAAAGCUCAGCGUUCGGAGAGCUCCAAGACAAAACCCACAGUUUGGUGUAAAUCUGUCCGCCGAAACCGAGCUGGAGCUCAGAUUUUAUCAUCUCGUUGGCGACUCAGCUCUGCUGAACUCCGAAAACAGGAAGAAAUCAGGGGAAGUUGGCUUCGCGGUUCAGCAGAUGCGUUCCUCAAAAUAGCCUUGAAAAGAAAUUCCAUUUGAGCGACUGAAGGUUCCUGGCACGCCCGCUCUGGGUGGUCCACUUGACCGGUUCCCAAACAUUCAGCAGCGGUCACGAAGCCCUCGUGAUCUUUCAUUUGUUUUGUUUCAGAAUUUCAUUCAUUUCUGUUGCACAGCUGAGUUGAAGUGUUUACAUUAAAAGUGUAUCAAUUAUUUAAAAUAUAUUUAUUAAAAAAAAAUAGUAAGGAUUUUGGUCCUUCAAGAAAAAAGGGCGUCAAAAUCCGUCAUUCCAGCUGUGUGUCGGGGACAUGAAGGAUAAUAGUUUAGAAAGACUUUCUAUUACAAACUUUGAAUGAAACUAUACAAACCAGUGGUCUUAAAAACCACACGGUUCGUUGCCAUGAAUUUUUUUUGUGUAAGUUUCGUAACUGUGUGUACAGUAAUAAUGAUUAUCCAGGUGUGUUCAGGUUGGUCAGAGUGGCGAAACGGACCGGCGCUCUCAGGUGGAAAGAGUCAGAAGCACAUCUGUUUCUUAAUCUGAAACCAAAGAAGCAUUCACAGUUCCCCUCCAAGGUUUCUCUUAAAAAAAAAUCAAACUGCUAAACAGGAAACAAUUUUCUUUGAAAAAUGCAACAGGAAAUCCAUCAACAAAGAAUUCAGGAUGUUUUGUCUCCAUUUUGAAGGGUUUACAUGUUUUCUGGCUUCAGAUGAAGUUGAUUCAUGUUUUUGUGGUUGACUGAAGCUUCGAUAAAUUUUAUGCUUUGUGUUUACUAACGCUGCUUUUAUACUUGAACUGGUAUUUUAAGUUAAGUUUUAUUUUCUUGUUUGUGAAUGAUGAACAUUUUCUGCGGUGCGAUGAAUGCGAUGACACAGCAGUGAGAGAAUAAAUGAAAAAUCUCAACAAAAGUGCAAAAGGAAAAAUUAUUUCCACUGUGAUGUAUCUUCUGCAGCUGCAGGCGGUUUUAGACUGAAUGGAUAGGAAAGAUUUGACGAGUUGGUCGGAGAAUUUGUAUUUAAAACAUUUAACAAAUACACAAAAGUAAAUUGAA